AUGGCAAACGGGAGCGAAUACACAAGUGACUCGUCAUUAUCGAAAAUGGAAAUUUCAGAAAAGCCUCGUCUCAUUGACUCCGUCACCAACACGAGAACGCGCCCGAUGAAGCUACUGUUGCUCGGACUGCCGCGGACGGCCACGGAAUCACUAAACAGCGCCCUCGAGCAACUCGGCUUCAAAGUCUUCUCCUUCCAAGCAAUGUGGCCAACCUGGCAAGAGUCAAUCCCGCUCUGGACGGAAGCCAUCGAAGCAAAGUACCACAACCGCUGCAAACCCUACGGCCGCGCGGAAUUCGACAAGCUCCUGGGCGACUUCGACGUCGUGAAGUGCCCGCACGCCCUCCUCUUCGCCGAGGACCUCGCCGCCGCCUACCCGGAAGCCCGCAUCAUCGUCUCCAAGCGCGACUACGAACCGUGGCGCGCCUCCAUGGAGAAGACGGUCUUCAAGCUGCGCCGCUCCCUCGUGUUCCGUCUGCUGCACCCGCUCGACCCCUUUCGCGCCGCGUGGUGGCCGUUCUUGCGGCUCAUCAUGGACACGGCGUACGGCGGGUGGGCCGAGGCGGUACCCGGGCGUAGACCCUAUGACGAGCACCACGCUCGUGUCGAAGCCAUCACGCGCGAGACGCCGGAGAGGAUGCUCGUCUUCUCCGGGCCCAAGGAUGGGUGGGUGCCGCUGUGUGACUUUCUCGGCUUGCCGGUGCCGGAAACGCCCUAUCCGUGGACGAACUCGGGAGCAGACUUUUUCGAGAAGCAGGGUCACCGCGCGGGCGAGAGGCUGUUGCUGCGCAAGCUGGCUGAGAGAGUGGCGGUCGUUGCAGGGGUUGGAUUAAGCGUGUAUUGGUUCCUGCGACGCUCAUAG